ACCCGUUGCGUGCCACAAACUGCACUAAACAACGAUGCAACAACAAUAAUAAUGCCGCACAAGUAGGACUAAUAAAUAACGCGUUAGCCUUGUCCGGCGUGAGCAAUAAAAGUUAGCAUACAGAUAAAAAUCACUACCUAGCGAAGCAAGAGCAGCAGAAGUGAAUCCGUCAACGACGUGUCAACACCAAGCGAAUUGUCAUGGUCAUUGUCAGCCCGACUAAUUGGUCACGCUUCAUUGCGUCAGUGGGUGUGAUACUGGUGUGCAUGGAAUCGACGACUUGUGAGCUUUUAUCUGAGACAGCGGCAGGCAUUGGCUGUGUCAGUCCAAAUUUGAUAAAGCGUUACCACCUAAAUUCUCAGCUAUACCAAGACUGCGAAUAUCUGCAGCGAAAUGCAUCAGGAGCACCGCCACAACGGUUACGGCGAGCCAUCAGACCUAUUUUUCGUGGAAAACCCAAGCCGCGCGGAGAAGUGCUGGCCAAAAAGUUCCAUAUGAAUGUCAACAACUACGAUCAAACUGAUUCGUUGGUGCGUCUAAUCAAUAAAAUCGCCAGCGAGUAUCUAUACAAAUGUCCGCCAGUCAUCUAUUACGAUAGUUUUGUAGAGAAAUCAGACGCUAUGAUACUGGAGAGCCUUUUUAAGACUUUUCCCAUGACCUUCUAUCAUGGCGAAAUAAACGAGCAUUACAAGGCUAUUAAUUCACGGCUCAAAAAACGUAUUGACAGCAACUGUAAAAGUUAUAUACUUUUUCUCUCCGAUCCGCAAAUGACGCGCAAAAUUAUCGGACCACAAAUUGAGAGUCGCGUUGUGCUAAUCGCGCGCUCGACACAAUGGAAACUGAGGGACUUUUUGGCAUCCGAAGCCUCUUCGAACAUUGUGAAUUUGUUGGUCGUAGGCGUAUCACUGACAAAGGGUCCGCAGGGGGAAAGCCCCUACGUUCUAUACACGCACAAACUAUAUACGGACGGUCUGGGCUCGAAUACGCCUGUUGUGCUGACUAGCUGGAUUCGAGGUGCACUCUCUCGUCCACACGUCAAUCUCUUUCCGCCGAAAUUUUCCAAAGGUUUUGCUGGGCACAGUUUCCGAGUGUCAGCAGCCAAUCAACCCCCAUUUAUAUUUCGUACACAACAACUGUCGACCAGUGGCACAGCGGCCGCCGUUUGGGAUGGCGUCGAAUAUCGUUUGCUCAAUAUGAUCGCUUCGAAACUCAACUUUACCAUCGACAUAGUUGAGCCUCCGCCACGUUCAGGUGGAAAAAGCGUCAUUGAUGGCAUAAGUGUUCAAAUCGCCAAAAAGGCAGCGGACGUCGGCAUGUGUGGACUAUAUAUCACCGAGGAUCGCAUCACAGAAAUGGAUAUGUCGGUUGGACAUUCGCGUGAUUGUGCCAGUUUUAUAACACUCGCUUCCAAAGCAUUGCCCAAAUACCGCGCUAUUAUGGGCCCAUUUCAGUGGCCUGUUUGGGUUUGUAUUGUUUUCAUUUACUUGGGCGCUAUAUUUCCUAUUGCGUACAGUGAUCGGAUGACCUUGCGUCACGUGAUUGGAAAUUGGGGUGAAAUGGAGAAUAUGUUUUGGUAUGUCUUCGGAAUGUUUACGAAUAGCUUAACCUUCUCGGGCAAAUAUUCAUGGACCAGCACACAAAAGUCAUCCACACGUUUGCUGAUAGGCUCCUAUUGGUUAUUUACGAUCAUUAUUACCGCUUGCUAUACGGGCUCAAUUAUUGCAUUUGUUACACUGCCAGCGUUUCCUAGUACCGUGGAUUCAGUCAAUGAUCUGUUGGGUCUCUUCUUUCGCGUGGGAACUUUGGACAACAGCGGCUGGGAGACUUGGUUCCAGAACUCCACGCAUGUUCCAACAUCUAAGCUGUAUAAGAAAAUGGAGUUCGUUUCUACCUUGGAGGAGGGCGUUGGCAAUGUAACACAGAGUUUCUUCUGGAAUUACGCUUUUCUGGGUUCUGCUGCGCAGCUUGAAUUUUUGGUGCAGAAAAAUUUCUCCGAUGACAACAUUUCGCGUCGAUCGGCACUUCACCUCAGCGAGGAGUGCUUUGCAUUGUUCCAAGUCGGCUUCGUGUUUCCACGCGAUUCUGUUUAUAAGCGCAAAAUCGAUUCAAUGAUUCUGCUUGCGCAACAAAGUGGACUAAUGAACAAAAUCCUCAGCGAAGUCAAAUGGUCCAUGCAACGUUCCGCCAGCGGCAAAUUGCUACAAGCCAGCUCAUCCAAUGCACUGCGUGAGCGCAUACAAGAGGAGCGCCAAUUAACCACAGCCGAUACAGAGGGCAUGUUCCUCCUCAUGGGUGUUGGUUAUCUCUUGGGCGCGAUAGCGCUCAUUUCCGAAAUCGUGGGCGGCAUAACAAACAAGUGCCGUCAGAUAAUGAAACGUUCGCGCAAGUCCAUUUCGAGCGCUUGGUCAUCGAGACGCAACUCGGAAGACGAUGAAAACGGAUUACGCACUGCAGCCGAACAGUUGGCACACAAUCAGCAGCGGGCAGCUCGGCGUAAAGAGAAAGAGCGAGAGUACGAUGCCAGGCAAGGUUUUGGAGUGCGCGAAUUCAAUCUCACCAAGAAAACACUGAAAGAGUUGUACGGCAACUAUUACAAACCGGAACCGCAUUACGUGCUGAAGGAUGGUAAAUUGCUGCUGGAAACGGAGGCGCUAUCCGCCAGCUCGGCUGAUUGCGAAUCACGCCAAUCGAGUGCCGACAUACCUGCCGUGAUGUUACCGCAUCUGCAUAGCAAAAAAGAGGCUAUACUAGUGGCGGAGAUCGAGCGUCAAAAGUAUCUGGAAAGAGAGCGCGAGCAUGCGCUAAUAGCAGCAGCAGCUGAGGAGUCUUUAGCGGCGUUAGAUGAAUGUCUUAAGGUGCACAAUGGUGGCGAUAGCAGUGAGGGUAGCGAGGACGCGGAUAGGGUAGAUGAUUUCAAAUUAUUCGGCAGUUUGGUAGAGCCCGAAGGGCCGUUGGCCACCAAAUUGAAUGAACUAAAUUUAUUUAAUGACGCCACUGCUAUGCUAAAACAGCUAGAGGAUGAACCGAGAGUUGAUGAGCAAAGUUAAAAGAUAAAAGACAAAUCGGUUGUUUCAUGAAAGACAGCAGUUUUAUUCCACUUUUGCGCGCAUCUUCAUUGCUUAAAAUGGCAGUUGCGUGCAUUCAUUUGUCAAUCAGUUACAUUCAAUAUUCAGCUUAUGAACUAAACGUGCGCUUAAAUGUACGUAUGUAUUAAUGCUAUUGGCUUUUAUGCCUCGCAUUUCAUAAUAAAUAGAAAACUAAUUAUAAUUUAAAGCAAUUACAAUAAAUUAAUUUAGCGUCGUUUCGGUUGGUGUGCGCACAUGAAAAUUCGUCGCAUACUUACAGUCGUAUUUGGUUUUAGUAUUUGUAAUAAAAAACUUUCUGUUUGAAACAUCUAACACAGUGGUUUUAAUGUGGCUAGCAUUUAACUUAAAUUACAGUUCGGUUCUUGUGCUAUCGCUGACCGUUUCAUUGUCUUCACCAACUUCCUCAUCUGCAAAAUCAAAACAUUUGGGUAGAAAAUCAUGCAAAAUAAAUAAAAAGGAAAAAUUUUAGUGAAGGACAAAAACCAAGCAGAUAUUCAAAUAAAACUGUAAAUUAUAAUUGGUAUAAUUUUUUUAUAAAUCUUUCACUAGUAUGGAAUAUCAUCGGUUAACACCCUCCGUUGGCCACCCGGGUCUGGCCAGUUUUUCGAUUUUGGACGUGAAUUUAAGAUAUUGUUAUUACAGCGACCGACUUGAGCU